AUGACAAAACAGGCUGAAAACAUCCUAGAGAAGAUAUUCAACACAAUCAAGAACAGUAGCAAUGGCGAUGAGACGAAAGAGUAUGCAACAAGCCACCUGCUUACGAUCUUAGGUGAAUACGACGACUACGUCCUCUACAUCCUACGUAACGUAUACGAGUUACUCAUGUCAAAGAGCAGAAUAAACAGAAUAUGUGGAGCCAGAAUUCUAGGCGGAAUGGAUGCAUCUGUGAGGUACAGGGGUAAAUACAGCAAUGAAACAGACUUAAACAGUGACAAAAUCUAUUUGAGUACGCGGGACUUCAAGGUUGAGAAGACUGGAAAGGCCCCUUCAAAAAUAGCAGAAAUUCAGAGGGAAUUGAGCAUGGAAUACGUCGAUAAGGGCAUUUUGGAGGACGAGGAGANGAUCUUAGGUGAAUACGACGACUACGUCCUCUACAUCCUACGUAACGUAUACGAGUUACUCAUGUCAAAGAGCAGAAUAAACAGAAUAUGUGGAGCCAGAAUUCUAGGCGGAAUGGAUGCAUCUGUGAGGUACAGGGGUAAAUACAGCAAUGAAACAGACUUAAACAGUGACAAAAUCUAUUUGAGUACGCGGGACUUCAAGGUUGAGAAGACUGGAAAGGCCCCUUCAAAAAUAGCAGAAAUUCAGAGGGAAUUGAGCAUGGAAUACGUCGAUAAGGGCAUUUUGGAGGACGAGGAGAAACAGAAGAAAUUCAAGGCAUUCAAAACAAGUACAGUCGAAGACAAGGAGAUUGAGAGUGUAGGGGACUUCUACGCCAAUUUGAAGGAGAUGACACUCUCAGCAGAGUGGCAUAGGAGACACGGGGCAUUCAUUGGAUUGGGCAAUUUGAAGAUAGAAAAAGAAAUAGGAAGUGGAAGUGGAAUUGUGGUGGAAAUGGAUGCAGGUGAAAUGAUUGGAAGGUGCUUUGUGAUUCUGAAGAACGACAAAUUCAAUGACUACGUCGAUAACAAGGCAGUAGCACCAGUGAGAGAAGCAGUUGGAGAAUAUUUGUGUAAGUUGGCAGAACACGAGAUAUCAGCGGAGAAUCUCGUAGAGCAACUCUUCAAAUUGCUUGGAGAUGCUUGUUGGCACGUCCAAUACGGCGCACUUCAUGCAAUUCAUUUGUGCAUAAAGAACCAAAUUAAGCAUAUUGUGCAUAAAACAGAAACAAACAAAGAACUCUUCAUAGCCCUCAUAAGAAGCAAGGACGAAGACAUCAAAUGCGUAGCAGCAGACAUUUUGUCUCAGAUUGUAGAGCAGCUGAGUGUGGAUGAAAUAGCUCGAAUUGGUCGCAGUGCCAUCGAUCAGUUCAAGGUCGAAGACGCCCUG